AUGGCUGUGAACUCAAUAGCCGACGGCCUCAAGGCCGCUCUGACUCCCAUGGCCGUUGUCUACUUCCUUGGCCUCUAUGUGGCCUACUACAUCCUGGUCGCGCUGUACAACAUCUCGCCUUUCCACCCUCUGGCCCGCUUCCCUGGGCCCAAGAUCGCAGCCGCGAGCUACUUGUACGAGGCAUACUACGACUGGUGGCUGCUUGGAAGAUAUGGCAAGGUUAUUGCACGGAUGCACGAGCAAUACGGCCCCAUUGUCAGAAUCAACCCCGAUGAGCUUCACUGCUCAGACCCUCUCUUCACCGAUGAGAUCUAUGCCGGUCCGGGUCGCAUCCGCGACAAGUGGCAGCACCAGCUGAACACCGGCGGCGCCGGCCCCGUGUCCGUCACCGGCUUCUCCACCGUCAACCACGAAGUCCACCGCAUGCGCAAGGGCGCCCUGUCCAAGUUCUUUUCCCGCCAGCAGAUGCUCAAGCUGGAGGGCGAGGUGCAGGAGUUUGCUCAGCUUGCUAUCGACAAGAUGCUCAGGUCCGCUGGCAAGGAGCCCUUUGACGUGAAGGAAGCCUUCAACUGCUUCACUGCCGACAUCAUUUCUCAGUAUGCCUUUGGUGAACCCAUGGGCUUCAUCGCCCAGGAGAGCUGGGAGCCCAACUUCGCCACCUGGGUCAAGUCUUUCUUCAAGAGUGCUUACAUGAUGAGACACAAUGCUCUCGGUAGAAAGAUGGCGCAGGUGCUCCCCAUGAUGGCCGACUACAUGGGUGAGGACAUCAAGUCCGUCAUGAGACAGAUGAACGUUGUCAUUCCUGGAUACAUCCAAGCAGCUCUGAACAACCCUGAGAACGGAAGAGUCUUUGCCGAUCUAAUGGAGUCCAAGACGAUGCCCGAGUCUGAGAAGUCCAUGUACCGUUUGUCGGGAGAGGGCUUCAACUUCUUGCUGGCCGGUACCGAGACCACUGCCGCCACGCUCACUGUCAUCACCUACUAUCUUCUGGCGCAACCCACGACGUACGCCCGCCUGAUGGAGGAACUCCGGGGUGUUGACCCCUCGAACCUCAAAUGGACCGAGCUUGAGCAGAAGCCUUUCCUGUGGGCCGUCAUCCACGAGUCCUUGCGCAUGAUGCCUGGUGUUUCCCACCGAUCGGCUAGAAUUGCUCGUGAGGAGGACCUGGUCUACAAGACCCGUGACGGCAAGAAGGAGUGGGUCAUUCCCAGGGGCACCCCCAUCGGCAUGACCUCCAUGAUCAACCACUGGGACAAGGAACUAUUCCCUGACCCUGACGAGUUCAGCCCCGAGCGUUGGUUGGUGGAUGGGAAGCCCAACUACAAGCUCCAAAAGUAUCUCCUUGCCUUUGGCAAGGGCAGCCGAUCGUGCAUUGGCGAGCACUUGGCUUACUGCGAGGUGUACCUCAUGGCGGCCCUGAUGGCUUUGCGUGUUAUUCCCAGGUCGAAGCUGUACAACACCACCGUGGAGGAUAUCUCUUACGACCAUGACUUGAUCGUCGUCCAGACGAAGAAGGGUUCCAUUUCUGUCAAGAUCCAGAUUGAGUAG